CUCUGGGACUGUAAGAGAAAUGAAAUUGAUGAUGGCAGAAGGGCUUCUCUUGAGGCAGUAGAGUUCCGGGUCUGUGUUUCCAUGGCUUGGCUGGUAAUUCCUCGGGAAGACCUGAAUGUGUCUGAGCAGGUGAUCGUACUCUUGUCCUGUGUGCUGUCUUUCCUGGGCUCUGCCCUCAUCAUUGUAACCUACAUCCUGUGGCAAGAUCUCAGGAGUCGUCCACGACUCCUCCUUCUCUUCUUGUCUGUGGCAGAUCUGCUAUCUGCUCUCUCCUAUUUCUAUGGAGUCCUGCGGAACUUCCAGGAUUCCACAUGGGACUGUGUGACCCAAGGGGCAAUUUCCACCUUCUCCAAUACCAGUUCAUUCUUCUGGACAGUUGCUGUGGCAGUAUAUCUGUAUAUUACCAUUGUAAAGUCUCAGCAGAGCUUUGCUGACCAGAUUAUUCCUUGGCUUCAUCUAAUCAGCUGGGGGGUGCCAUUGGUGAUCACGCUAUCGGCCGUCUGCCUGAAGAAGAUCGGUUACGAUGCCUCCUACGUGUCUGUUGGCUGGUGUUGGGUGAAAAUAGAUGUGGAGGAUAAGCUGCUGUGGAUGCUGCUAGCUGGAAAAGUUUGGGAAAUCUUGGCGUAUCUCAUACUGCCAGUGCUAUACAUUCUCAUCAAGAAACACAUCGGGAGAGCACAUGCUGCUCUGGCUGAAUACCGUCCAAUAUUGGCUACUUCACCAGUGAACCAGCCUAGAACAAUCGCAGACAAGAAGCUUGUUUUCAUCCCCAUUAUUUUUAUCUUCCUUCGCGUCUGGAGCACAAUUCGAUUCAUUCUGACACUUUGUGACUCUCCAGCUGUGCACAAUCCCAUCCUUGUCACCCUUCAUGGCAUUGGAAAUACUUUUCAGGGAGGCGCCAACUGCAUCAUGUUUGUUUUAUGCACACCUGUCAUUAGGUCUCGAUUAGUGUCCUUGCUCUGUGGCUGCAGCAGAUCUUCUCGCAGAGAAAAUGAGACGUCAACUAGACGAACAUAUGGGUCCACCGCAGGAACACCGGUGAACCAGACAUGAUCAGGCCACCCAGGUAGCGACUGACUUCUACAGAGAAGUUUUGCUUCAUUAGAGUCUCUAAUUUGGGCUUCCACAAAGACUUCAGAAAUAUAAAGUUAUGGUGGCUAUGAUCUCUAUAGUUACACUUUUAAAAGCAAAUUGUCUUAAAUGGUCCAUUGCAAUAAUUCCUACAGAAAAAGUACACUAAUCCCUGAUGCUUUUAGUACCUCUUGGCUGUAUUACAGAGCACAUUCUGUGUCAUAUAGCCCCACUGUAUAUGCUACAAGGACAAUGCAAUAAUUCUCCAUUGGAGAAACCUGUUGUAAGUUUACAGUACAUUUGCCUCUCUGUUAACGCUGUGAUAAGCAGCAAUAGCCUGCCAUUUGCACAUGAUGAUUGACUUGCAAUGUGGCAUUAGUGGACAAUUGGCAGUGUGUCUUAUGGCAAACUAGAAGCAGAAUUCUACUUGCAGGUAACCUCCUUAAAGAUUUCAAAUUAGGCUACAAACGGCACUCCCUUUUCCAAUGUCUAAAAACCCAUAGCCACCAACCAGAUGGUUGCUUUCAAACACAUAACAAAUAAAUACUUCCUCUUCAUUGGUUGCUGUGGGUUUCUGGAACAGUAGCAGACUUUGCACCACUUAUUAUAUUUCCCCCAAAGACAGAUUUCUGCUUCAGUAAAACAUGUCUGCCAUAAUAUAACUGUAAUAAUGUGAACUCAUCUGCACUCCAUAUGCAUAAAAAGGACUUAAGGAUGUAUAAAAGCUAAUUUAGAUGCCCUCCAUACUAGAUAAGCACACUCUUUGCAAUAUAUUUUGUAAAGUUAAUAUUUUAAUUACUUCCGUCCCUCGUCCCCCCCUUCCUUUAAUGGUCUGAUUGACAAUGUCCUACAGCACUGAAGAAGCACCAAACAAUAUACAAUAUAUCUCUCAGGGGCUGGUUUACUAACAUCAGUACUAAAUUGCAUCAGUACAGUUGCCAGGAGCAAUUGAUUUUGACCAGAAUUCUACGUCCUACAAGAAGGGCUCUGAUCUGAUUGGUAUGGGUUACUUUACAGGUGCAGUUUAGCAGCUAUGUCUGUAAAUUAGCCCCUUGUUGUUUGUUGCCAGAGAAAUAAGAAUUUAGUAUCCAGAAAUAUUUUUGGCUGCUAUUUAAAUGUACUUUUGUUUCUUUGUAUAGCUGGUGCUGGGAUUUUUAAGUCUUAUUUUAGUUUUACAUUUGUCAUGCAAGAAGAGUUCCACAAAACCAUUUAAAUAGGCUGUACUUUUGUAAAAAAACACAAUUUCUGUUCAUGCUUCCAUUAGCCAUAGUUGUCUACUGAAAGUUAAAAAAAAAGAUAUAUUUAUUGCACAUCGCCAUAUCUUCAAGAUGGGUACGCAAUGACAAUUAAAAUCCGCCAUAAUUAAAUAUAAUCAUAUACACAGUUCUUAAUGCCUUUUAUAGUAUUUUCCAGUAGUGGCCUUCACCUACUUGAAUUAGGUUGGAAUGCUGUCAUGGAGUUAUUGUUACAAAUGAAUGGAAUGUUAGCUUAACAUUAGAAAUCUAAUAGACAGAUUAGAACCUCUCAUCAGGUGAGGACUGCAUCUGCAUGUUGAUGAGUUGCUCUCCUGAUGGGUUGCCAUAGGGACUCAUUGGAAUCUGAUCAUUGGCCCAUGUGCUGACGUUCAGAACAGCCCAAUUGGCCCUACACACAGUAGCCAGAUCAGGAAAGUAUCUGUUCUUUGGCGAUCUCGCCAAACAAGUGGAUCUAUUGGCUUGUGACCAGCUUAUAUAUUUUAUUCUGCAGCAGUACAACAAUAACACAGCAACCUUACUGUUUACAGUUUAUACAAGGCCAUAAUGCCAUUAAGCUCAUACUGGGCCCUGAAAUCACUGAAUCAGCAGGUGCUCACCAUGUGAUGAGAUGUACCAAAGGGACUGUUUAAUAAUGGUACUGUAACUUCUUUUUAUAUGGGGCCUGCAAUAUGUAUAUGCCUGACCUGUAGGACAACCUCAUUCUUAGGAGAAACAAUGUUAAUUAAAAUGAUGUUGUAGCUGAAGGGGUGGGUGAAAAAUAGGAAUAAAUGUGUAUGUCCUGGUGUUUUAAACUGGGUUAAAAUGAUGAAGUGCCUGUUAUUUUGUACUUGUUUAUAUUUAGCUGAAGGUCGACUCAUCAAAAAUAUUAAAGCAAAGUGAUUUAUAAA